AUGCCGGCACCAUGUCCUGAAACAUUGCCUGCCUAUUAUAUGCCUACCUUACAUGUAAUUGGUGCAAUUUCGAUUCCAAUGAAUGUUUUGGGAUUUUAUAUGGUUUGGUUUCAGUCCCCAGGAAUGCAGGGCUAUAAGUAUUGUCUUUGUUACAUGCAGAGUGUCUCAAUGCUCACGGAGCUCUACAUGUCCUGGAUAUGCCCCUCAUACUUCUUUUUCCCAUUGGCCGGUGGCUAUAUCCUGGAGGAGAACUUUCGAAGAUUCGUGAGCACACACGCGAGCUUGACCAUUUGGGUUUUCAUUUUUUGCUUCGUUUUGUCGGCUGCUCUGACAUGUUUUGUAUACCGACAUAAUGCUGCAGCACAAAUUAAUCAGGACUACUCGGGAAAGAUGUAUUUCGAAAAACUCCUGCUAGUUUUGACGCACAUUUUCCCAUUUUUCACUGGUUUUGGCACAUGGAUGUCGCAAUUGACUUACGAGCAAAAAUAUGACUAUGUUAGGCAGAAUUACCCCCAAUGCUUGAGCUGGAUGGCUUAUGAUGGCUUUGAAGCUUAUAACUGGCAAGUGAACACGUGGAUUCCAGUGGCAGGGCUCGGAGGAAUUGGUUGGGUCUUUGUGGUUGCAAGCUACUGUUUAUACCUUGGCGUACACACUAUGAUGAUUCUCCAACGUUUACGUGCUCACAUGUCCCCCCAAACCUACCAAAUGCACAGAACAGCCCUCAUAAGCCUGACCAUGCAAAUGGUGAUCCCCGGAAUGCUUCUAACAACCCCUUUGUACAUGAUUCUAGUAGUAAUUAUGACAAAUUCAUUGGCUUUUGAAGAGCUGGCCUCCACCUUCUCCUUCCUAAUGUCCUCCCACUCAAUGUGUCAGUGUUUUGUAAUGGUUAUGAGCAAUGGGGUAUACCGACGGGUACUUAAGGAGAAGGUUUUCAGAUUGUUAAGACUUCCAGUUCCAAAUGAGAGUCAGGUGGGGAGCCUCGUUGAGCCAAGCAUGAGAAUUUCGAAUAAUUUUGUGGGAACUGUACUAAAUGCUUGAAAAAAUCGCUGCUCUCUUCCUAUUCGGAGCCCUUUGCCAAGACAAUGCCCCGGCAUUUAAUGCAGCUU